AUGGAACGCAGCUUCGUUCAACUCAGGGGUCAGUGGAGGUCACACUACAGGUGCCUUCUAACCAAGUGGGGGUAUUUGCAGCUGCUGCGACCAUCUUCAAGGUCGCAGCAGCUGCAAACUCUGUCGGACCUGUCACCCCUAGGAGAGCGGCAAGUGGCAAUUCAGUGCAUGUUUGCUUUCACAAUCAUCGCCCUCUCAGCCCGGAAUAUCACACGGCCUUUUGCGGUGUAUGAGCGACGCAGCACUCAGUGUAUACGUUGCGAGCAACCGUCGUCAACACCACGGGGUGGCGCUGGUGGCGGCGCAGGCAUUCUGAAGCUCCUGGAGAGGAGCUUCCACCUGCCGCACACGCUGGUGCUGUUCGUGCUGACGACGCUGGGCUCCUACGGCUACACCUUCACGGCCGACUUCACGCGCAUCGCGACCGACGCGACGAACAGCUUCAGCGAAUCCGAGCUGCUCGUCGUGUUCCUGCCGGCCCUGGCCUUUCACGCCACGCACGGCAUCAACUUCUACGUCUUCCGGCGUUGCCUGGUCGAGAUUCUGCUCUUCGCCGUCGGCACCACCGUGAUCAACACGUACAUCAUGAUGGAGUACAACAUGGCCAUCAUGCGCAACAAGUUCGGCCGACUCUGGUGCUUCAUCCUGGGCGCCCUGCAAACUUGCACCGAGCGCGUCUCCGUCGCCGACAGCCUGCUCAACAAGGGCAAGCACCCGAUGAUCGCCACCAUCCUGAACGUGGAGACCUUAGUGAGCGCCAUCCUGUCGUGGGACAUGCUGAGCAUCAUCAUCCGCCAGGCCCAAAGUCACAAGCGCAUCAGCGUGAUUCCUCUGCUGCUGGACAUGAACAUGUCCAUGGUGCUUAGCGGAGCAUGCGGCCUGCUGUGCGCGUUUCUGGUGAAGGCGACGCUGCACCGCUGCCGCUUCCAGCCUCAGAGCAUGGUCGUGUUCGUCGUGGCCUCGUCGUACGCCCUGUUCGCGCUGCUCAAGCUGUACGGCGGCUGCGGCAUCUUGGGCGUCAUAUUCUUCUGCGUCAUGAUCAGCACCGACACGCUCAUCACUUCCACGGGGCUGGAGGACGAGCUCAAGAGGUACUGGGAGGUGCUCCAUGAUACCAGCGAGGUGAUAUCGCUGCUGUUGUGUGCCCUCUAUAUCGGCCACGAGAUAACGCCCAAUGUGAACGCCGCCGACAUAAGCACAUCGUUGUUGACUUAUCUGGUAGCCGUCGCGUCGCGGUGA